AGCCCACAAGCUGCGAUUCUGUCUGGUUUCCUUGAUGAUGCUAUGCGGAUGUUGAGAGACUGUCGGAUAUGCUAUGAGAAUGAUCAAUACAGAAGACAAAAGGAGAGCACCAAGUGGUGAUUCUGCAAUGAGCACGUUUCCCGGAUCUUUACGUCAGAUCAAAGCCGCAUCACACAUUUUUCAUGUAUGUCAGCCUGUCGAGAUGAGACUGAAGGCCCCUUGAGUAUUUGUAUACUGCAUCUCCAAUUAUCAACUACAUAUUUCCUUGACUGGACGUGUACCUGUACCUUUCCAACGGCCUGGAGCCAAAGAAUCCCGCUCUGCCUAUAGGGAUCUCAAUGGUAGAGGUCACCGGCCUCAAUUUUGCAGCAUGUCCUUUCCUUCAGCUCCUUUGAACCCUCCUAUAGUUGGUCUAUCCACCUCCUUUGAAGUCACGGCGAUAGCAUCAUACAAGUAUCUUCUUUUCUCUGCGCCUAAUGAUAACUUGAGUCAAGGCCAUCAAGUCGAAGGCCGGCUUGUUUUCGUCGCCCCACUUCUCAGAUACCACCUGAGGCACCUCCCAGUGAUCGCCCACAAGCUCAACAUACAUAAUCUGUCUUUCAAUCCAUGCUUUGAAGCCUGUCACGAGCAACUUGCUUAUAAUGAGGAGGGAGUAAUCGGUAGGCCUCAGAUGAACGUCAGAUCCCGAUACUGGAAUAAUUACAUACUUACCAAAAAUAAGGCCGUUCUGAAACUGUCGAUUAUAGAAGGUUUCAAAUAUGGAUAUUUCAGUAUCACAGGCGCUUUGUUAGAUGCUUGGCGACAAUUAGGUAUCUACCGAGAAUCUCUCGAGAGCGGUACUGGGUGAUGGAUCGAGUUGAAUCAAACAGCGAAAUUAGGGUGGAUGAGAGGUUGAGAAGCUGAUUCUAUACUGUAUCUACCUGCCUACUUGCUUCAUCAACAGUUAC